AUGGGCACGGGACAAACCUCAACGGAUAAGUACCGAGUUGGCUCUAAUAAUUACGGCGAACUGCUUCGGCAAUGCCAGAUUGACCAGUGGAGCACUGUAGACAAGUCCGCUUUCGCUACUCUCACCAUUGGGGGUCACGACCUUGGUUUCAGCGAUAUUGUCUGGCACUGCGUUAUCACACCAAAUACUGCGCGAUGGGGCUCGACAAAUCGCGCGAACUGCGAAGAUGCCGAGAGUAAAGCCCGCGGCCUUCUUCAGGGUGAACUUCGCGGCCGACUUACAGAGACUUAUCUUCGGAUCCUCAAAAAAGCAACCAAAGAAGGCUUCAAGCUCUACGUCGCUGGAUACCCGCAGUUCUUCAACGAUCAGACCUCGGACUGCGACAUGAGCUCCUUCCACUACUGGUGGGGAGGGUACAACGCGACCACCGACUGGCCAUCAUAUCGAACUGUCUUCCUGACGACAGACCUCGGCGCCGAACUGAACGCUCUUGUGACUGGGCUCAAUGACGUGAUUCAAGCUGCUAUCGGAGACGCAAAUCAGCAGUAUGAAUCCCACGCUGUCUAUUACGCCAACGUGGACACGGGCCAAGCUUGGUUCUUCCUGAGCGCCUGGCCCGAUCUCGAGUACGGUUCUGCCAGUGAGGAAAAGGCCGAGGUUUCUGCCCUGUUUUCCCAGGGAUCCAUUCAGCUACCCGAUUCCGGGACUUUGCUUCCCUCGAUCCUCAAAGCAGACCCAUAUAUACGAGCCAUGUGUGUGGUUGCGACGACGAUUGAGGAGGAUCCAACCGGCCCUGAAGCUGCCCGUUUUGCCAAAGCAAAUAAUGCUAUUGCGUCUGGGAAUGUGAGUACUCAGGAGGUCUCGCCGUAUGUGCCCACUCAGCAGAUCAAGACGUUCCAUCCGAGGACUCCAGGAAUGGUUGCGUAUCGUGAUGCGGUUUUGGAUGCGAUGGUUGCGGCUGGGCAGGUUUGA